AUGCGGACACUCAUCAAGUCUGGGUUGGUCUUUCCGCAGGGCCUUGCGGUUGAUGAUCACAGGCAGCGCCUUUUCGUAGCUGAUCCGAACAAAACAGGGCUGGUGAUGUAUCAACUUUCCUCGAAUGGAGACACGCUGUCAGUUGGAAGUCCGAAAGUGGUGGCAUCAGGAGUACAGACUCGGGCUGUGACGGUGGAUGGUCUCGGCAAUGUCGUGUUUUCUGACGAGCCAACAAAUCGAAUACUCAGAGUUUCUGCAGCGAGCAUUGACGAGGGCAAGACAGCCCCUGAGGUCAUCUACGAUGGCAACACGGUGUCCCAUUUGAAAGCGCCGGGAGGAGUUGCCAUGGACAACUAUUUCGUCUAUUGGCUGAACAAAGCAGGUGCUCCGAAGGCGGGUACCCUGAUAAGAGGUCUGCAAUAUGCCACGGCCGAGACUAUCCAGAAUGCUUCAGCCGGAGUCAAGCUGCUGGCCGGCAACGCUCCCAAGUGCUAUGGCGUCUGUCUUGCCGGAGGGAAUAUCUUCUACACGGAUGAAGCAUCUCAUUUGUACGGCAUCAACCGGGCUUCAACGUCACGACACGUCGUGCGAACUAUCUCUUCCAGCCUGCAGGCGCCUCGCGGGUGCGUGUCUGAUGGUGCCGGCACAGUCUAUGUCGCGGACAAGUCACAGAAUGCAGUUUUCCGUUUCCCUUCGAACAUGGAUGACCUCAUGCCGAGAGCCAUGGUGAAGGCUGCAGACCUGCAGGGAGCCUUCGGGCUGGCCAUUCACGAUGUGGGCUACCAGGCACCUGGAAUUCUGCGAUGA